CAUUUUGCCUCAUUUUGUUAUUGUUUUCUUGAUUACUUAAGUGCUGCUGGUCUAUACCUCUUAUACUCCAUACCCUUCUCGUGCGCCAGAUCAUCGUCAUCAGUUGUUUACACUUUAACCUCGUGAACCCUUUGAAGCCCCUCCCCCUUGCUCUGUGUUAGUUGCUUGUCGCAUGGUCUACGCGUAUCGUCAUGUCUGCCGCAUUACCUUAUUUGCAGAAGCAGCGCAAGGGCCAGCUAGUCGAGCUCGCUGAGGUCACUGCUCUGGAGGACUAUGAAGACUUUACCAAGCCUGAUCUUGCUGUAAAGUUGGACGAACAUCUCCAAGCUAAUCGUACUAUCUUCGGAUCCGACGCGCGCCUGGCAGAGUACUACAAACGCCUAUCGCAACCGACGCGCGCAUCGCCGGUAAAGAGAGAAAGCAAAGCCGAAAACACUCCUCCCAGAUCUGUCCGUCGGCGAGUACCAAAACCAAAGGAAGAAAUUGAGCAAACAGAUGACUCCGAUGUUCCAGCUCAAACUCCAGCACGUCCAUUGGCGGAUAUUGCCGUCCAGUUGCCUCCUUCGCCCGCUAUUGUCACUGAGGUGAUCGAUCGUCAGGCUGCCGUGUGGCGCAAGAGCAUCAGCGAGGCCUGGAAGGACUCUGGCGUCCAGGAACAGUCAAAUUCCCUUCGCGCAACUCUCAGCAGCGUGAAAUCUGUCCAGAUUCUUGUUGUCGCCUUCGAGGGUUUCCGUGUCAUCAGGGAGGUUGUUCCCCUACGAUACCUGGCUACCAUCCCUGCUGUUGAGUUAAUCCAUACUCCGGAGAUCUCAGUCAAGAUUCCCGACCUCUUUGUGUUGGUCGACAGCUCUUUCUGGGCUCCAGUCUCUCUGUGGCUUCUCACCAACGUUCUUCUGCCUUUGGUGUUUGCCUACUUCUUCAACAUCAGCCUGCACGCCCAAUCAAGCGGCGGUCCUGCGUCCAGCACACGCAGAAGCCGCGCCGCACAUGCCAGCUUCGACUCUCUGAGCUUCAACAUUAGCAAGGCCGUGAUUGCGUACCUUGUUUACGCAAACGGAUUUACUUUCUGGCGCCUCUACGACGGGUAUUCUAUCCAUCGAGUCAAUAUGGCUAUUCCCUUCGAGGCUGCAGGGAUGUUGACCGGCGCCGCAAUUGGAGGAAUCGGCACUCUGUACGAGGCGAUCCUUCGAAAGUAAUUAUCAUCUCCUUUUUCUUGCACUUUAUAUAUGGGUGUAUAUCAUGAAUGUGCCGGCGUGCUUUGUGGCAGGAGCCGGUUUAAGAAUUGCGUUACUGUUUAUGCUCAUGUUUGGAUGAUGAUAACGCUUAUCUUGCUUACUUUUUUUUUGGUACUGGAGUCAUAACGUCUUGUGUCAGGUCUGCAGCUGGAAACGGAGUGACGACGAAAUCCCAGAAAAAUAAAUGAGGUGGAGGACUGUAGAAGGAUGGCCGGCAGGAAUCUUUUUACUGUUUUUUUUUUUUUUUUUUUUCCC